GCACACGGAUGACGUCACAGUGUCGUUGCGCAGCCUGAGGAGCUUCGCUGAUCCGGAGACACGAUGAGUCAGCGGUCCGAGCGGCGAGGGAUCCAUGUGGAUCAAUCUGAGCUGCUGUGUAAGAAAGGAUGCGGUUACUAUGGCAACGCGGCAUGGCAGGGGCUGUGCUCUAAGUGCUGGAGGGAGGAGUACCAGCGCGCCCGCCAGAAACAGAUCCAGGACGACUGGGAACUCGCUGAGAAGUUACAGAGGGAGGAGGACGCAGCGUACGCCAGCAGUCAUGGCUCACAGGCUCCGCCCUCUCUCACACCCUUCUCCAAGUUUGAGGAGAAGAAGACCAACGAGAAAACACGCAAAGUGACCACCGUGAAGAAGUUCUUCAGCCCCUCGUCACGCAGCAGCUCCAAGAAAGAGAGAGAGGGGGAUGAGGAGAGAGAGAGAGAGGGGGAGAGGGAGAGAGGGAGAGGAGAGAAGGUGCAGGGCAGAAGGCAGAGUCACAGAGAGAUGCUGCUGCGAGACCUGAAGGGUAUUUUUACACACUCGUGGGAGAUCGGCUCUCCGACCGAAGAGAGCCACGAGGCGAAAUCCCACAGUCCAUCGAUUGUGCGUCAGUCGAGUGUAGAGACGGACCAGGUGUCGAGGGAGUUUGUGGAAUUCCUCAAGACUCUGAAACCAGGACGAGAAAUUCACAAGCAGAGCCGAGCCUUUGUGGAGAGCAUGGGCAAUAAAAAGGACCUGGGUGCUGACGAGCUCUCCGAGUGUGUGCAGGAUUUCUACCAGAACAUGUCUGACCGUCUCCUCACUCACUUUAAAGGUUCCUCUGAGAAGGUGGAGCGAGUAAUGGACCAGGUGGAGAAGUACAUCAUGACGCGCCUCUAUAAGAGUGUGUUCUGUCCUGAGACCACCGACGACGAGAAGAAAGAUCUGAGUACGCAGCACAGGAUCCGGGCGUUACACUGGGUGACCAUCCAGAUGCUGUGUGUUCCUGUGGAUGAGGAAAUUCCAGAAGCAGCUGAUAGUGUAGUGAAGGCCAUUACAGAUAUAAUCGAGAUGGACUCGAAGCGCGUGCCGAGAGACAAGCUGGCCUGCAUCACCAGCUGCAGCAAACACAUCUUCCACUCCAUCAGGGUGACCAAGAAGGAGCCGGCGUCGGCCGAUGACUUCCUCCCCACGCUCAUCUACAUCGUGCUGAAGGCCAACCCGCCGCGGCUGCAGUCCAACAUCCAGUACAUCACGCGCUUCUGUAACCCCAGCCGUCUGAUGAGCGGAGAGGACGGCUACUACUUCACCAACCUGUGCUGCGCCGUGGCGUUCAUCGAGAAGCUGGACGCUCACUCCCUCAACCUGAGCGUGGAGGAUUUCGAGCGUUACAUGUGCGGCAGCAUGGGCGGAGCCGGUGACGCUUCCCCGUGCAGGACGCCCAAGUCCUCGUCCCCCCCGUGGCCUCUCAAGCUGCUCUCGGCUCUGCAGGAACGCCAGCAGCAGGUUCUGGAGGAGGCGCGAGGGCUGGAGGCGGAGCUCCAGCACUGGCAAGAGGGCGUGGCCCGCGAGGUGCAGGACAUCCUCGACAAAUACCCUCUGGAGAUCAAGAGGCACGCGGCGCAAACCAUCGACUCUGAGAACGAGGAGAAUGACAGGCUGCCUCCGCCCCUGCAGCCUCAAGUGUUCGCUGGUUAGAGUCGG